UUCCUGUUAUAUAUGAUUUUAUCUCAAAGGUAAUUUAUCUUUAGAAAAUCUAUUUGAGGAAUUUACUGCAUUAAAAUAUUAAAGAAGAAAAUAAAGGUUAAAAAAAGCAAAUCACACAUCCUCUGAUAAAAUGCAAUGGUCAACUCAUGAUUUUGGAAAGUCUGUUAGUAAAAUAGAACAAAACAUUGUUUCGGUAGUAUGAAAGAUCGGAAUAUAUCAUCACAAGUAGAUAUGCUUUUUGCUCCUUGUUUGGCUUUAAUUUGAACAAGUCAACAAAAAAACCUGAUAUUUUGGGACAGUUGGAUAUAUAUGAGCAUGUGCAAGGGAAAAAAAUGAUACCAAAGGUUUUUUGUUGUUGUUGUUAAAUUUGCUAGCCUUGAAAUUGCAUCUUGGUUAAGAAAAAAAAAAGCCCAAAACAUGCAUUUUAGUAAUUCAUACUGAAGAUACACAGGAGUGAAAUGGUAUGCUGUUUAAAUUCUGGUUUAAAAUAUAUUAAAAUUAAAAAAAAACUUUUAAAAAGACAGGUAAAGCAAAUAUAAAAAGUCUUCAUAUAUGUUGAAUCUACUUGAUCAGUACAUGAAACUUAUUUCUCUAGUUCUCUAUCCUAGUGUAUAUUUGAAAAUAUUCAUAAUUUUAAUUAUAGUAAGCAUCAUUCUUAAUGUUUUAAACUGUAUUAACUGCCUUGGUGAAAUCAGUUCCAAAAUGAUAAAAGUCUCUGCUUUUAUUCAGUACUCUGCUGGAGGUUCUGUCCAGGGCACUAGCAUAAGAAAAAUAUGUUUAAAAAUAUUGGAAAAGGGGAAAAAACAUCUUUCUUUGCAACAACAUGAUUUUAUUUAAAAUUACAGUAGCUCCUCACUUCCAAUGCUUUUCAGUUUCUCUUCCUUUACAAAAUACUUAUUAAUGUGCGGAAUACAAUGGAACUUACGAGUCAAUGAGCUUCAUGCUUUCUGUCUAUAUCUCUCACAUUUUCACCCCAUGGAAGCAGGAUUUUUGUCUACUUUGAAGACAAAAUGGUGCUGGAGCUGCCUAGACCACAUUCCAUGAGCCAGUUGUGGAUGUGUCUCCUCACCUCUGCCUUCUGCAAGGGCACAUUGGUAGCUUGAAAUCUGCCAUGGUGGGAGGCUUUGCUUUUAUUUUUGUAUCCAAAUAGAGUUUUUUCAUAUUUUUAUCAAAUUCUUUAAGAGUAAUGCAUGUGGCAGUCAGUUUUUGAGAUUUUAUUGGCUACCAGGAAUUGACUGUACACUUAAAUUAUUUAAAUGUACUUAUUUAUUCAGAAAUAUCUAUUGAGUACACACGCAUGGCAGAUGUCUUUUUAAAUGGGUAGUAUUAGUCAAUUCUGGUAAAUGUCUAACUGCCUUUUAAGGGGUGGAGGUGAGGGGCUGAUUUGUAGGGUUUGUCAAUUUCUGUGAUAUAAAGUCAACAUUCAAAGGAUAUAAGCACACUAACUCUCCUGAUGAAAAGUCCAGAAUUUCUGGGAGAAAAAAAUGUGGAUUCCUUAAAUACAAUCAUAGAAGAGUUAAAUCGAAAUCGAAUUUCCACAGACAAUAUCACAUGAAUUUGACUCAUUCGCCUCAAUUAAUUUGCUUUCUUAUGCUUUCUUAUCCAUAUGUAUGAAAAAGAUUCACCUGUAUCUUUUAAUGAUGCCUCAUUCACACUCUUAAUGAAUUCCCCUGAGACAACAAGAAAGACACAGAUAAAAUAAGUCCAGCUCCAUGUGUGUGACAUACUCAGAGAAGAACAUUCCUAUUGUCUAUUUUUUGAAGCAGUGUUUAUAGGAUAAUAUUACUAAAAUUGUAUAGAUAUAUAACAUAGACUUACAAAGAAUUCAUUUAAACUCUUGGCAUUAGUACAAAGAAAAUGUUUUAAUAAAUAGUGUUUUGUAUUAUAUGAAAAGGGGCGAAUGUAAGAAUGCUUUAUUGGUCCACGUAGGUGUAGCUGAGUUUUUGGGUAAGAGGCAAAAAGCCAGUAUGAGUCGUAUUAUGAUUAAAAUGUUCCCCCAAUUUUACACAAUCAGGAAUCAAGGAUAUUAUGGGUCAAAUGUAUAAUGAGAAUUAUAACCCUUGAGAGCCAUGACAAAGUUAAAUCACCAUACUUGUUUUGAGAAUACAAUAGAAACCAAGUAAGCUGCUAACUCAGUUUACCAGCUCUGAAAUUAUAUAAACAUGGAGACAAAUUAGAUGAUUCAAUAUGAACUAAAUCAUCAAGAGGAACCAGGAAGUAAAUUUGUUUUUAUUCAGUUUUAGUAUAUAUUAUUCAAUUUUACUCAAAUAUUUUAAAGUAUUAUUUGCACGUGUUUGUGGUGUUUGUGAAUUUAUGAAUCUUUUGAUAUUAUAAAGCAAAUGAUUGUUUACUCCCAAGAAGACUAUUAAUGAACUUCUAAAGAAGCAGCACAGCGAUGUCUUGAGUUGUUCAUUAAUUUUUUUCUCAGUUAAAUGGUUCUCUGUUAUAGAAAUAAGACAUAAAAAAAGACAUCCCCUAUUUAAAGGAGAUCUGCUUCCUGGUAAAUGUUUUGACCUUCCACUUGUUCAUUUGCUAAAGCAAUGGUUUAAAAAAAAAAAAAAACACCCAACAACAACAACAAAAAAUGACUGUACAUUGUAUGAAGUAAACUGUUUCUAGGCAAUUAUUUAUUUUAGUAGCAGAAGUUACCUUUUCUUAUUCUUCUGGCAUUUUCAUCCCAAAAGGAAAACAAAAAAGAAUGUGGGAAAGUGAUAGCAUCAAGUAAACCCUUAAAAACAUGAUUUGGAGAGAAUGUCAACAAAACAUUCCCAUGGAUAAACACUUAUGUUCUAAAGUGAGGUGACUGCUAUGUUGACUAGCGGUUUAAACUUGUGAAAGUUUCCUAAACUAUGUGUGUCCCAGUUUCUCAAAAUAAAAUUGUGGAGGUAGGCCUAUGUAGCCUCUGUUAAGCUUUCAAACUGUAUUUAGAAUAUCUACAAUCCAUACUGGUCCAUACGGUUUUUGUCAUACUGAAGGAAAGGAGAAGAAUCAAUUAAAAUAGUUUCAUAUUUUUUACAAAAGAAGCUAAAUAUUGUAAAGAAUAAGUUUAAGCUUAAUUUUAAAGAAACUAUAGAGGAAAUAGCUCUAUUUAAAUGUAAUCACAAGAUUUUUAUUUUGUCCAUGGCCUGUGAUGAUGUAUUUUCAAAGAAGAGAGAUCAGUAUUGAACUCGAGAUAAUAUUCAAUACUCGAAUGAAAGGUCAAAAGGAAAUUAGUUACUGGAGAGGAUCAAAUAUGUUUUUAAAUUUCAUGCAUUAUCAUCAUAGAUACUUUAAAAAUGUUAUAUACUUUCCUCAAACCUAUGUAAACUAUUUUAUGUUCUAUAAGGGGAAUGCAUAUUUUCUGUUCUCAAGGGAGAAACAGGAUUGGCAAUGAAAAACCACACAGUACCCACAGAAUUCAUUCUUCUGGGCCUCUCAGAUGACCCAGAGCUUCAGACUGUGAUUUUUCUCUUUUUAAUUAUCACAUAUAUAUUAAGUGUCGUGGGAAAUUUGGCCAUCAUCACUCUCACCCUGGUGGACUCCCAUCUACACACCCCUAUGUAUUUUUUCCUCAGGAACUUCUCUGUGUUAGAAAUUUCCUUCACAGCUGUCUGCAUUCCUAGAUUUUUGGGCACAAUUGUCACCAGAGACAAAACUAUUUCAUACGGUAAUUGUAUAGCUCAGUUGUUUUUCUUCAUCUUCAUGGGAAUCACUGAAUUUUAUCUUCUAACUGCCAUGUCCUAUGAUCGCUAUGUCGCAAUCUGCAAACCCCUGCAUUAUACAACCAUCAUGAGCAAAAGAGUCUGCACACUGCUUGUCUUUUUCACUUGGCUGGCAGGAUUCUUAAAUAUCUUCCCGCCAGUUGUUCUUUUUCUCCGGUUAGAUUAUUGCGGCUCCAAUAUCAUCGAUCACUUUGCUUGUGACUAUUUCCCCCUCCUGCAACUAUCCUGCUCUGACACAUGGCUCCUGGAAGUGAUUGGUUUCUACUCUGCCAUAGUGAUUCUGCUUUUCACCCUGGCAUUGAUCCUUCUAUCCUACGUGUUCAUCAUGAAGACAAUCCUGAAACUGCCUUCUGCCAGUCAGAGAAAAAAGGCAUUUUCUACAUGCUCCUCUCACAUGAUUGUCAUUUCCAUCUCUUAUGGGAGCUGCAUAUUCAUGUAUGCCAACCCUUCAGCAAAAGAAAAGGCGUCCUUGACCAAAGGAGUAGCUAUUCUGAACACUUCUGUUCCUCCCAUGAUGAAUCCAUUUAUAUAUACCCUGAGGAACCAGCAAGUGAAGCAAGCCUUUAAAGAUACUAUCCAAAAGAUUAUGUUUUUUUCAAGUAAAUGAAAAUAUUUGUGGCAUUAAGAGAAUAAAGUUCUUGUCAAUGCUUCUAUUAUUCAUACUUUCUCAAAACUCUUGCUUUCACAAUAGCUAUAUAUUUUUCCCUGUGUCCAUUCUCAUAUUAAAAUUUCCCCCACUUUGAACCCAGUACCUUGGUUAAAGUUGAAUAUUGCUUCAGAAUUUGUAUAAUUUGUUUUACUCAAAAGUAUUUGGAUGACAUAUAAAACACAGGUCAAUGUUACGAUUUUGAGAAGU